AUGAGCGCUGACUACCUGAGUAUGGACAGCCGGCUGACCAGCGACUAUGACGACACGGCCGACGAGGGCGGGGCUUACACCGACAACGAGCUGGACGAGCCAAUGGACGAGCCCCAUCAGCCGGUGUCUGCUAUCAGCCGCUCUUCAGAGCCCGUACUACCAGAGGAGGUGGGCUUUACUACUGUCAAUCACUAUCACUCACUGUCCAUCUGUCAAUCGCUCAUUCAGUGUCAGAGUAGAGACUGGCAUCUGUCUCUCUCCAUCAACCUCCCUGUUAAAGGUGCACUGUACAUAAAUCACUCUGCCAUUUCCUGGUUGCAAAAAUUCUAAUAGUUCUCCUAAUUUCAGUUUAUGUGACAUAAUAAGCAAGUAUAAUGUAGAGAAUCAUUGUACCAUCAAAACCGCUGUGAAAUAUAUUUUCCAUAAUCAAAAAUAUUGUAUUUUCAACUGUUUUGAAGCUGGUGUACAAAACUGAAAGUAAAAGACGAAUUUGGUUAGGGCGCCCAAAAAAUCACAUAUUGCAACUUUUAAAGUAUACUCCAAUAAUCUGUCAAUCUCCCAUUGUCAGUCAACAAUCUUGACUUGUUGUAUUGAACUAGUCUGUGUUUGUUGACAUACUAUCUGUAUGUAUAUCUGUUGACAUGUGUACAUCCCUCCCCUCUCACUAGAGACCCCAUCCUGCCCCCAUACCUCGUAUGAGGAGAUCAGGGAGCAGAGAGGUGCUGAGAGACCCCAGUCCACCCCCCUCCUUCGUCCCUGAGCCCCCCAAGGUGAGACCCCCUUGAACCUCACCUUCCUAACCCACCAUCACCUCUCAAUCCCCUGAACCCAAACCCUGACCCACAUCUUGCGCUUAUAAGACUUACUAAGGUUACUAUCCUCUUCUAUUGCAGCAGAUGAGGGUGCAGUCUCGCGGGGGCUAUGACUCCCACUCCAGUAGCACCAUUAGCAGCGACACUGCCGGGGGGCCCAAACCAGCCCCGCCCCCAGUGGCCCUCAAGCCCACCGUGGCCCUUAAGCCCACCCUGAGGGCGCUCAGCCAGUCGUCUGAGGACCACUCUGUCCCGGAGGGUGAGGACCCGGCCAACCGCUCCUUCAUGGGCAAGGUGAAGGCCUUCGAAAAGAUGGACCACCUGGCCAGAGCCCAGAGGAUGCUGGAGCUCCAGGAGGCCGAGCAUGCACGGGUCAGUACAACUGCUGGUGAAAACUAAGUAUAGAUAGAUAGUAAUGCUCCCAACAGUAAGAUGUAAUGCUUCAUAAACAGAAACUAAUGGAGCUACAGCAUUCUAAGUGUAAUCAUGUCAUAUUCUGGUUAACUUUGCAUUGCAUGUACCCAAAGGUAUAUUCAAGUGCAGAUGUUGCCUUAUUAGUUUGUAAUGUACAGUUCAUUCGGAAAGUAUUCAGACCCACAUUUUGUUACGUAAUUAUUCUAAAAUCAAUCUACACACAAUACCCCAUAAUGACAAAGCGAAAACGGGUUUUAAUAAAUAUUUGCUAAUUUAUUAAAAAUAAAAAACCAGAAAUACCUUAUUACAUAAGUAUUCAGACCCUUUGCUAUUAGACUCGAAAUUGAGCUCAGGUGCAUCCUGUUUCCAUUGAUCAUCCUUGAGAUGUUUCUACAACUUGAUUGGAGUCCACCUGUGGUAAAUUAAAUUGAUUGAUCAAACAUGAUUUGGAAAGGUACACACCUGUCUAUAUAAGGUCCCACAGUUGACAGUGCAUGUCAGAGCAAAAACCAAGCCAUGAGGUCGAAGGAAUUGUACGCAGAGCUCCGAGACAGGAUUGUGUCAAGGCACAGAUCUGGGGAAGGGUACCAAAACAUUUCUGCAGCAUUGAAGGUCCCCAAGAACACAGUGGCCUCCAUUCUUAAAUGAAAUAAGUUUUGAACCACCAAGACUCUUCCUAGAGCUGGCCGCCCGGCCAAACUGAGCAAUCGGGGGAGAAGGACCUUGGUCAGGGAGGUGACCAAGAACCCGAUGGUCACUCUGACAGAGCUCCAAAGUUCCUCUGUGGAGAUGGGAGAACCUUCCAGAAGGACAACCAUCUCUGCCGUAGAGUGGCCAGACGGAAGCCAUUCCUCAGUAAAAGACACAUGACAGCCUGCUUGGAGUUUGCCAAAAGGCACCUAAAGGACUCCGACCAUGAGAAACAAGAUUUUCUAGUCUGAUGAAACCAAGAUUGAACUCUUUGGACUGAAUGCCAAGCGUCACGUCUGAAGGAAACCUGGCACCAUCCCUACGGUGAAGCAUGGUGGUAGCAGCAUCAUGCUGUGAGGAUGCUUUUCAGGGGCAGGGACUGGGAGACUAGUCAGGAUCGAGGAAAAGAUGAACAGAGAAAAGUAUAGCGAGAUCCUUGAUGAAAACCUGCUCCAGAGCACUCAGGAUCUCAGACUGGGGCGACGGUUCACCUUCCAACAGGACAACGACCCUAAGCACACAGCCAAGACAAUGCAGGAGUGGCUUCGGGAAAAGUCUCAAUGUCCUUGAGUGGCCAAGCCAGAGCCCGGACUUGAACCCGAUCGAACAUCUCUGGAGAGACCUUGAAAUAGCUGUGCAGCGAUGCUCCCCAUCCAAGCUGACAGAGUUUGAGAGGAUCUGCAUAGAAUAAUGGGAGAUACUCCCCAAAACAGGUGUGCCAAACUUGUACCGUCAUACCUAAGAAGACUCUGGCUGUAAUCGCUGCCUAAGGUGCUUCAACAAAGUACUUAUGUAAAUGUGAUAUUUCUGUUUUUUAAUUUUUUAUAAAUUUGCUAAAAUUUAUAAAAACCUGUUUUUGAUUUGUCAUUAUAGGGUAUUGUGUGUAGAUUGAUGAGGAAUAAAAACAAUGUAAUCAAUUUUAGAAUAAGGCUGUAACAUAACAACAUGUGGAAAAACUGAAGGGGUCUGAAUACUUUCCGAAUGCACUGUAUGUAAUGAAUGUGAUUUGGCAUAACUGGGCCUCCUCCUGAUCUCUGACUGUAGCUGGAAAUAGCCCAGAAGCAUCCAGACAUCUAUGCAGUCCCAGUGAAACUACCAAAGCCCAACCACAACCGCCCACAGCCUAUAGGGUAAGUUCAUAUAUUAACCUUGUCUGUCACCACACAAAUUAGAAUUUUUACUGAACUUUCCACUGCCUGUCAUGGGUUGGGUUCAGGUUGUGUUGAAUGCUUUUUUUUUUCAGACUUGAUGCACAACAAUCAGAAUUAACUCAAAUGUAUUUCUCGCUCUCCUAUGUCCAGCUCCAGCUCCAACCCAGAGCCCCAGACCCCAUCCUCCAGGCCACCGUACUCUGAGAGCAGGGGUCACUACGACGACGAUGAGGAAGAGUACCGCAGACAGCUGGCCGACCAAACCAGACGAGGCUACUACAGCAACCCCCAGAAAUACAAAGACACUGAGCUGUAG